GCUACGUCAUAACAUCUACCUGCAUGCCAAAUUAUAGCCCGGUCCGUCCAGUGGUUUGGGCUGUGCGUUGAUAGAUCACUAUGUCAGUCAGUCACCUUUGAGUUAUAUAUAUUUAGACUAGCAUUAAUCACGACUGAUGACUAAUUUUUGUUAGUUUGUCCGUCAGGUAGAGUGUUAAAAAAUAUUUAACACGUAUUUUUUUAUUUUUUUCGUAAUCAUACAAUUACGGCGUUACAUUGAGUUGAAAUUUCGCAUGACGUCACGUUAGAGUACGUUUUCUACUCAACUGUGACGUAGCGAGUCCCCACUCCUCAACUUUAAUGCCUGUUAUCUAAGCUAUUUCUUGUUAAAUUGAAGUAAAAAAAAAUACGUAUCUAAUAUUUUUCUAUUAUCUAACUGACGGACUAAAUAGAAUUGCAUUAUUUUUACCCAGUCAUCAUCCCUAUUUUGUCACCCGCGUAUGAUGUAGCUUCCCUUGGGUGAAAGAAUUUUCGUGAUUGGAUCGGUAUUCCCGAAAAUUACUCCCUGCAAACAAAGUCAGAAACUUACCUCUUUAUAACAAUUAGAAUAGAUUGAUUGUAUCUAGCAAUAAGCCCGCCUUUUGUAUACUUCUCUCUUAUUUUGCUUCUUUGUUUGUGUCCUUUGUUGUAGGUACCAUAAAUAAUAUAUUAUUAUUAUAUUCUUCUUUAAUCAAGACAUCUAUUAAUAAAGUUUGAUUGUUAGUUUACUGAAUUAAAUUAAGUUUGUUUAUAAUAUGAUUUGUAAAGGUCAUAUUGGACUUGUCGAUUCUUCUCAAAUGGUUAUUUUUUUUUUAUAAAAAGUAAUGGAAAUUAUAUCAAUCGAAGAAAUAUUAAUUUUGACUCGUAAUUAGGUAUUAUGAUAAGGUUUGAAAAUAUGUUUAAUUGAUGUAUACGCCAAAUAAAUGGAAGAAUAAAAAAAUCUUGCAUAAAAGGGCAAAGGUGAAAAACUUUUUAGGUGAAAAUCACGAACCUAAUAAUGUCGAUGCAGCCGGGACUGAUGGCUAAACAGGCCUUCCGAAGCACGGAGAAGCUCGGGAUGUUAAAUUUUGGUCACCCAUCCUGUGACCGGCCUUUGCGAAAGUUGCUUACUUUUAACGCAAUCUUUACGACCCCAUUAAUAUUAAAUGCAAAUAUUUCAGAUGAACAAAUCAGUCGCUUUGCUGUUGUUCUUUAGCGUGGCUUGUAUGAGCGCUCCUGCCACUGACUCGGAGCUGGAGUCGAUUCUGGAUGAUAUAUUCGGCCCAUCAACUAGUACCAACGAACCGGCGGUAGUAGCUGACAAGAAUCAACCUCCUGUCGACCUUGAUACUAUUAUAAGGGAGGUAUUCGAAUCGAACGUCACAACUUCUACCACCAGUACUUCACGAACCGAAGAUGAGACGGAAUGUGAUAUAGGAGGACAAAAGGGGGCAUGUACACCUUAUUAUCUUUGUCCUGAAGCAGCUGAGGUAUCAGAAGGCAUUAUUGAUAUUGCGUAA